UCUCCAACUGCCCUCACUGCUAUCGCGCACGGUCUUCAACCAGCUUCGUUCUACCUCUGCCUCAGUUCCAUCCCCGCAAUCAACUUCAUCACUCCAUCCGGGAAGGAACGAUGCAUGGUCACAGACAUAGAAAAACAGAAUGCAAACGAUGAAUGCGAAAGGGUUACAGAAAGCUAUGAGAUAAAAGAGAGAGAAACGUCCAAUUCGAAGUCGAUGGUCUUUCCAAAUCUUUCUCCUCCGUAUCUGAAACACAAGGACAAAGUGAUGCCCCUGACCACUUUCGCGGCUGUUCAA